AUGGCUGAGCCACCAUCCUCCCCACCAAGCGAGGCAGCCAGCGCCGAGGACGCCCUCUCCUGGUACAAGUCGCAAUAUAUUCAGCUUGAAGCAGAUCUCGCCGACUUUCGGGAAUCUAGUCGCGAACUUGAACAGGAGCUUGAGAAGGACAUUGAGCGUGCAGAGAAGCAGGAGCGGGUGCUGCAGGAGAAGGCAGAGACGCUGGCUUUCGAAGUAGAGGAGUGGAAGCGCAAGUACAAGGAAUCCAAGCUGGAGGCGGGAUCAGCCCAGGCUGCGUUGGAGAAGGAAAUCACCACUCUACGGGAUUCCAACCGAACCUUCCAGCUGAAGAUUAGGGACAUUGAAGUCGCCAACGAUGAUUUCGAGCGACAGGCCCGCAACACCACCUCUUCUCUAGAGGACAUGGAGUCCAAGUACAACCAGGCUAUCGAGCGCGGCGUCAUGAUGGAGGAAGAGAUCAAGCAGGGAGAGCAGGAGCGUGAGAAUCUUCGAAUCGAGUCGCAGCGCCUCCGGGAGGAACUCUCAGAUCUCAAGAUCGAGGCUGAGCUGCUCCAAGACAAGAUCAAGAAGCAAGAAUCCCGUCACCUCUCCACCAUCUCCACCGAUCUAUCAGUUCUUAGCUCUCCAACCUUUGACAAGAAUGGCGGCGGCUCUCCACACUCAACUGCAAGCUCUCCUCUGGUUACAACGCCACCGGACAGCAAGCCAAAUUCCACGGCCGAUGCCGACGGCGAAGAUCACGAGCCUCCAUCACCACCUAUGUCCGAUGUGUCGCUGUCACUACCAAGGCGCACAGAUGCAUCAUCUCACCGACCCACUGCCUCGAUGUCAAGCGCGGCUCGCAAAACUCGCCUGCCUUCUACUUCUGACACUACGCCCAAGCCCAGACCAUCCAUGACGAACAUGCGACCGCCCGGUGGCCGACUCUCUGGUGGCGGCGGUGUUCCCCUGCGAACACCAGCCAACAGGUCUACUAAGCCACGGACCGGACACAAGCUCCCUGCCUCGAAUUCUCUUACUCAUAUUCGCGUUCUCACUGCCCAGAUGCAACGCCUCGAAGCUAGGGUGCAUUCAGUGCGGUCUAGGUUGCCAGCACCAACCUACACCCCUCCCCGCGCUUCUCCCCGUGGUUCGGCCGCUAAUGUCCCAUCGACCGUUACCAUGAGGAGUCGAAAGCGCACUACUGGAUCAACAGCCUCAUCUGUGGCUGGAGACGAUACCACUCCUACCAAUCUCCGCUCUUCCACCUCGUCCAAGCCCAGCCACGUACCCCGACUUAGCACGUCGGGGGUCAGCCGCCUCUCAUAUGGUCCUCUUCCCAACCGAGCACCGGACCACGAUGCCAGUCGCCCAAGCUCACGAGCUAGUGUCUCGUCGAUCGCAAGACCCGUCUCUCGCACUGAGAUGAAUGCGCCGCCCCGCCCCAUGUCCAGGACGUCGAUAUCCGGAGCUCGUACACCUCUUGGGCGGCCCCGAUCCUCUCUCGGUGGAUCUUACCAUGGACAUUCAGCAAGUGUUGGUUAUGCAGACCUCGAGGAGGAAGAGGAGGAUGGCGAACUCCAAACCCCCAGCCGCCAAGGCGUCUAUUCAAAAUUUGACCCAAAUAGCAGUACCAGCAGCAUCCCAGGCCCCAGCACUAGUGGAAUUCCCAUGCCCAGCGGCCGGCGCCAAAGCGGUACUGGCAGAAGAGCAAGCAACAGCGCAUUGAGGGAUUCAAUCUCUCGGCCACGGUCGACGGUUGGGCAUAAGCUGCAGGACCUCGGGGAGACCUACUAA